GUGCUCCGGCGGCCCCACCCCGGCGGCGCCGCCCGCCCGUCCGCCCGCGCGUCCCUCGGUCCACCUGCAGCGGGCAGUCCCUCUGGCUGUCCCACUGAACGGCGCCGGCCGAGCCCGAGGCCUGGGCUCUUGCUCCCCGGCGGAGGGAUCCGCGACUGCUGAGGAGGCGGUGCUGAGAUUAGGUAGAAGAGGUAGCUACGGCGGCGGCGGCGGUAGCGGCGGCGGCGGCUCGGACGGCAGCGCAUAAAGGGGCCGCCGCCGGGUAAUGCGGUGACCGCUGCGGCAGGCUCAGGAGCCCAUUGGGCCUCGGCCCUCAGUCCGUCCUGCCGGACCCGCGCUCCCGAACUCCCCAUCUUCUCCUGCCGACCCGCGAUCACCGAGGCGGCCUCUCGCCCCCUCGCCCCUUCCCCGUCCCUCCCCUGUCCCCGUCCCCGCCCCGGGGGCCACCGCCACCCGCCUCCCACGAUGGCUCUGAAGAGAAUCCACAAGGAAUUGAAUGACCUGGCACGGGACCCCCCAGCACAGUGUUCAGCAGGUCCUGUUGGAGAUGAUAUGUUCCAUUGGCAAGCUACAAUAAUGGGGCCAAAUGACAGUCCCUAUCAGGGUGGAGUAUUUUUCUUGACAAUUCAUUUCCCAACAGAUUACCCCUUCAAGCCACCUAAGGUUGCAUUUACAACAAGAAUUUAUCAUCCAAAUAUUAACAGUAAUGGCAGCAUUUGUCUGGAUAUUCUUCGGUCACAGUGGUCUCCAGCACUAACUAUUUCAAAAGUACUCUUGUCCAUCUGUUCUCUGUUGUGUGAUCCCAAUCCAGAUGACCCUUUAGUGCCUGAGAUUGCUCGGAUCUACAAAACAGAUAGAGAAAAGUACAACAGAAUAGCUCGGGAAUGGACUCAGAAGUAUGCGAUGUAAUUAAAGAAAUUAUUGGAUAACCUCUACAAAUAAAGAUAGGGGAACUCUGAAAGAGAAAGUCCUUUUGAUUUCCAUUUGACUGCUUUCUAUGAGCCCACGCCUCAUCUUCCCCUGUGCACAUGUUUACCUGAUACAGCAGUGCUGCGUGUUGUACAUACUUGGAACAACAAACUAGAAAUACUGUACUUCUGUACCAACAUUGCCUCCUAGCAGAGAAGUGUGUGUGUGACAAGCCAGUUCUCCAGGCGUAACCUAGGUGUGAGACUAAAAGUUUUCCUUACUGACUUAAAUUUGGAUAACGGCAAGGUGAGGGGUGGUGGGUAUGGUGUGUGCUUGGAUGGGGAAGAAAAGCUCCACUGACCUGUAGGAGAUUGUUUUUAAAUGGAACAGUUAUGAAAACUCAGAACAGUUAUGAAAAGCAAGGCGAAGAACACGAAGCUGUUUCUGUAUUCAUGUUUUUCAGAAGGACCUACGUCUUAGGUGAAAGUUAUGACCAACCAGAUUAAUCUCUACCCACAUCCUGUAUUUUAAGGUCUAAGUUUAACUGGUCAACAUUUAAAUGGAUUGGAGCUAUUAGUACAUAAAGUGUGAUGGGCUUUGGUCCCACAUCUUUUGCAUCUCCCCACCCUUCAACCUUUGUCCUUUCAGCCCCUUUCUCUCUUCCACAUUCUUUGAUUUGUAUGUGGUUUCUCAGUUAAUACAUAGCUAAUAGCUCUUAUUUUUCUUAUGUUUUUAACUGCUUAGGUCUAUCUGGAUGUAAGGGUGAAAAUUCAUUUGAUGGAAAUACUUGUGUAUAUUUAAAGACCCAAUUGCUCCUCUGGAGCUUGUACGUUCAAGAAUGAUUAAUCUGUGUAAUAAACUGAUUACUACGGUCAUUACAUAUAA